UUCUUGGUUCUGCAGCGGAGAGCUGGGAGGUGAUGCAGUGCAUCCAAGAAGCCCUCCGCGAGGGAUGUGCGAUUGCCUCCCGAAGUCAGGAGGGGUGUUUUUGCCUCUUCCCUGCUCGCCCCUGGGUGCAGCAGAACUCGCCUUGAGAAGACACAGGCAGGGAUAAACCACAUCCUGAAGGGUGUGUGCAAAGGGAGAAAGGCACAUCCCCAGUUUAUUUUGGCUGCUGCUUUUUUUGUUGUCGGGUUUGGUUUGGUGGUUUUGUUUUUUGGGGGGGAGUUUUUUUUGUUUUGUUUUGUUUUUGCUUUUUUCCUUUUUCUUUUACUUCUCCUCCUUUGAUGGAAAUGGCAGUGACUUUUUAACCUUGCAGUCCAUAAAGGCGCCUGGGGACUAGCCGAUCGCCCCCGAGCAGGGAGACGCGGGCAUUUCGCACGGGGAGCUGGCAUGGCUGCCGUGCUCUUUGGCUUUGAGGAUCUGCUCUACAGCUGGGACAGCCUGGUGUGGAGCCUGACGUCCCGGGCUCUGAGGACUUGCCGCUUUGGAAACCUGAGGGUCCUGCAGCUCAUGCUGAAGCCAUGGUGCAUUUCCAGAGCCGUUUAUCAGAUGACGGAGGGCCGCAGAUGCCAAGUGCACCUCCUCGAUGACAGAAAGCUGGAGCUCCUCGUCCAGCCAAAGCUUUUGGCCAAGGAGUUGCUUGACUUGGUGGCAUCUCAUUUCAACCUGAAGGAGAAAGAAUACUUUGGAAUUGCAUUCACAGAUGAAACGGGACACUUGAACUGGCUUCAGCUGGACCGCAGGGUGCUGGAACAUGACUUCCCCAAAAAGUCAGGACCGGUUGUUUUGUACUUUUGUGUCAGGUUCUACAUUGAAAGCAUCUCCUAUCUGAAGGACAAUGCCACCAUCGAGCUGUUUUUCUUGAACGCCAAGUCCUGCAUCUACAAGGAACUCAUCGAGGUUGACAGUGAAGUGGUGUUUGAGCUAGCUGCCUACAUCUUGCAGGAGGCAAAGGGAGAUUUUUCAAGCAAUGAAGUUGUAAGGAAUGAAUUAAAGAAGCUGCCAGCCCUUCCAACACCAGCGCUGAAGGAGCAUCCUUCCCUUGCUUACUGUGAGGACCGAGUCAUUGAACAUUACAAGAAACUAAACGGUCAGACAAGAGGUCAAGCAAUUGUAAAUUACAUGAGUAUUGUAGAAUCCCUCCCAACAUAUGGAGUGCAUUAUUACGCAGUAAAGGACAAGCAGGGAAUUCCUUGGUGGUUAGGACUUAGCUACAAAGGAAUUUUUCAAUAUGACUACCAUGACAAAGUGAAACCAAGAAAGAUCUUCCAAUGGAGGCAGCUGGAGAACCUCUAUUUCCGCGAGAAGAAGUUCUCGGUGGAGGUGCACGAUCCGCGCAGGGCAUCUGUGACCAGGAGGACCUUUGGGCAUAGUGGCAUCGCUGUGCAUACGUGGUACGCCUGUCCGGCACUGAUAAAAUCUAUCUGGGCUAUGGCCAUUAGUCAACAUCAAUUCUACCUGGACAGAAAGCAAAGCAAGUCCAAGAUCCAUGCUGCAAGAAGCCUGAGUGAGAUUGCGAUUGACCUGACCGAAACUGGAACGCUCAAGACCUCAAAGCUGGCCAACAUGGGGAGUAAAGGCAAAAUCAUCAGCGGCAGCAGCGGGAGCCUUCUGUCAUCAGGUUCCCAAGAGUCAGACAGUUCUCAGUCUGCCAAGAAAGACAUGCUGGCCGCCCUGAAAUCCAGGCAGGAGGCUUUGGAAGAGACACUGCGCCAGCGCUUGGAAGAGCUAAAGAAACUGUGUCUCCGAGAAGCGGAGCUCACGGGGAAGCUGCCACGAGAAUACCCCCUGGAUCCCGGGGAGGAGCCACCUAUUGUAAGGAGAAGAAUAGGAACUGCCUUUAAGCUGGAUGAGCAGAAAAUCCUGCCGAAGGGAGAGGAGGCAGAGCUGGAGCGCCUGGAGAGGGAGUUUGCCAUUCAGUCCCAGAUCACAGAGGCUGCCCGGCGCCUGGCGAGCGACCCGAAUGUCAGCAAAAAGCUGAAGAAACAGAGGAAGACGUCCUACCUGAACGCGCUGAAGAAACUGCAGGAGAUCGAGAACGCCAUUAACGAGUACCGCAUCAAAUCCGGCAAGAAGCCGACCCAGAGAGCCUCCUUGAUCAUAGAUGAAGGAAACAUUGCCAGUGAGGACAGCUCCCUCUCGGAUGCCCUUGUUCUCGAGGAUGAGGAUUCUCAGGUCACCAGCACAAUCUCCCCUCUCCAGUCCCCACACAAAGGACUCCCGCCGCGGCCACCCUUGCACAACAGGCCGCCUCCUCCGCAGUCACUGGAAGGCCUCCGCCAAAUGCAUUACCACCGCAACGACUACGACAAGUCCCCCAUCAAGCCCAAGAUGUGGAGCGAGUCAUCCUUGGACGAACCCUACGAGAAGGUGAAGAAACGCUCCUCCCACGGUCAUUCCAGCAGUCACAAGCGGUUCCCCAGCACCGGGAGCUGUGCUGAGGCAGGAGGGAGCAGCUCCCUGCAGAACAGCCCCAUCCGGAGCCUUCCCCACUGGAACUCCCAGUCCAGCAUGCCCUCGACGCCGGACCUACGGGUACGCAGUCCGCACUACGUCCACUCCACACGGUCAGUAGACAUCAGCCCGACCAGACUGCACAGCUUAGCUCAGCACUUUAGACACCGGAGCUCCAGUUUGGAGUCACAAGGCAAGCUCCUCGGCUCAGAAAAUGAGACAGGGAGCCCUGAUUUCUACACCCCAAGGACUCGUAGCAGUAACGGCUCCGACCCCAUGGACGACUGCUCGUCCUGCACCAGCCACUCCAGCUCCGAGCACUACUACCCUGCUCAGAUGAACCCCAACUACUCCACCCUGGCAGAGGACUCCCCGUCAAAAGCCAGAGAGCGGCAGAGGCAAAGGCACAAAUCGGCGGGCAACCUGGUCUCUUCCAAUUCAGGGAGCAUGCCCAACCUGGCCGCGAGGAACGGCACGGGGCACCACCGGGUCUACCUGCACAGCCAGAGCCAACCCUCUUCCCAGUACAGGAUCAAAGAGUACCCCCUGUACAUCGAGGGCAGCUCCACCCCCGUGGUGGUGCGCAGCCUGGAGAACGACCAGGAGGGACACUACAGCGUGAAAGCACAAUUCAAAACCUCCAACUCCUACACGGCGGGGGGGAUGUUUAAGGAGAACUGGCACGGGGACGAAGCGGACUCCGUGCGGCUCACCCCGUCCCGCUCCCAAAUCAUAAGGACUCCGUCUCUGGGCAGGGAGGGCCACGAGAAGGGCUCGGGUAGGACUGCCGUGUCGGAUGAGCUGCGGCUCUGGUACCAGCGCUCCACGGCCUCCCACAAGGAGCACAGCCGCCUCUCGCACACGAGCUCCACGUCCUCGGACAGCAGCUCCCAGUACAGCACGUCUUCGCAAAGCACCUUUGUGGCGCACAGCAGGGUCACGAGAAUGCCUCAGAUGUGUAAAGCAACGUCAGCUGCCUUACCUCACAGCCAGAGGAGUUCGACGCCGUCGAGCGAGCUAGCAGCCACGCCACCGGGCAGUCCCCACCACAUUCUUGCAUGGCAGACUGGAGAAGCAACAGACAACUCACCCACUAUGGAUGAGUCUCAGUCUCCAACCCACCAAAGUACUGAUGAAUAGAGGAGCUACAAUGACAGCUGUUUCCUGGAUUCUCCCCUCUAUCCAGAACUAGCAGAUGUCCAGUGGUAUGGACAGGAAAAAGCCAAGCCUGGGACUCUAGUGUGAACCCCUGACCUCAAGCGAGUCACAUCAAUGCCAUUCUGAGAUCACCUCACUGCCUCUCAUUUGCCUUACCCAGAUGCACUGUCACCCAGCACCAGCUUCAACUCUUAAGCACUUUUCUCAUGAUGCAAUUCGACAUUUCGGUAACACUUGGCCCCGAGACAUCCACCACGACCGCGCCGGACGGCAGCGCGUCCCCUCGCCAGACUGGUGCACAUCCCUCCUGGAGCCUGCAGGGCAGCGGAUGCGUUGAGCAGCCACCUCAGCAGUCAGUCGGCGAUUUAAAAGCUGUUUUUCCUUUGAAACGAUGG